AUGUUUCGCACCUCACUUCUCCGGCAGCAGCGAAGUUUCGUGCAGAGCCUUUCCCGAACACAGAACACUUCUUUAUCUUCAUAUACACGCUUCCCAGCACGGACGCUACCAUCUCUUUGCCAACAGCCUACACGACGAUGGCAGUCUACAGAAACAGCCAAAGCAGCUGAUGAGCCGCCUCCGAGUGCGGAAGCAGCAAAGGAAGAUCCAGUUAAGAAAGAGCUCGAGGCCAAGUCGAAAGAAGUCGUCGACCUCAAGGACAAGUACCUGCGCUCCGUCGCCGACUUCCGCAACCUGCAAGAGCAAACCCGCCGCCAGAUGGAAGACGCCCGCAAAUUCGCCAUCCAGCGCUUCGCCACCGACCUUCUAGACUCGAUCGACAACCUUGACCGAGCACUCAUCGCCGUACCCGAGUCCGCUUUGAAGCCAUCAACAGAGACAGUCACAUCGAACACAUCAUCCGCAGACCCUAACGUUGCCGCCUCCAACGAAACUUCAUCUGGCACUUCUACACAGCCUUCGAAUCAAGAUCUCAUCAAUUUGCAUUCCGGUCUGAAAAUGACGGAAGAGAUUCUAAUGAACGCACUCAAGAAGCAUGGCCUAGAACGAUACGACCCGAUUGAGCGAGAAGGCAAGAAGUUCGAUCCCAAUCAAGACGAGGCCACGUUUUUUAUGGCCCAAGAGGGCAAGCCCGACGGAGAGGUCUUCUUCACGCAAAGCAAAGGCUUCAAGCUCAACGGACGGGUCGUCAGAGCCGCCAAAGUUGGUGUUGUCAAGAACUCAUAG